AUGAAAAGUGCUAAAAAUGAGAAAAUAAUGGAUUAUCUAUCUUGCCCAUUAGAUGAUGUAGUUGACAGAGAAAAAAAAAGUGGAAACAUUGGCUUUUUAAGUAAUAACAAUGGAAAAAAAAAAGAAUUUAAACCAGGUUUUUUAAAAAAAAAAGAUGGAUCUGGAAAUUCACGUUUUCGAGGAAGAGGAGGAAAACCACGAUUUUCAAGUUGGAAAUCAAGAAGUUUUAAGAAACCAUAUUUUAACAAUAGAUUGAGUAAUCCCAAGUUUAGUAAAUAUAGUAGUAAAAAAUUUUUUAAGAAUACAUCGAAUAACCACAGUUCUCGUUAUGGAAGCGAUAAGUUUAAAAGUAAUUACAAUAAAAGUUAUGUAAGCAGAAAAGCUAUUAACAAAUCAUCUGGAAUUGGAUAUAGAGGAAAAAUGAUAAAUAAAUCAAGAAAGGUAUUUAAAAAUACACCUACAUCAAGAACCGUAAUUAGUAAAAAUUUGAAUAAUUAUAAAACGGUUAAAGUUCCAAUUAAAAAAUUUAGUAAUUUGAAUAUUUCACUUCAUCGAAAAAAUCGAGUUUUCGGAUUAAGUGGCAACAGAACUAGUGCUCUUUCAAUAAAAAAAAACAAGAUCGGUGCAUUAAACAAAAGCAAAUUAAUUAGAAAAGGAGUAAAGAAAAGUAUUGGUGGCUUAAAAUCUCGAAAAGGCCCAAAUGGAAAAUUUAAAUCCAUGAAUAAAUAUUUUUUAUCAAAAAUAAAAAUAGUUACAUCAUUAAAUAAAAUACCAUCCCCCCUAAAAGAGCAAAAGGACACAGAAGUUAAUCUCCCUGAGUCAUUGAAUAAUGCUGUGAAAAAAGAAUGA